AUGAACCUACAAUCGAUCUACCUACAAAUGUGUUGUAUGGAGAUGUAUUGAAAUUUGUCUGCAUUAGUGGUGCUGCUUACCCUGAUCCAAUACUUACUAUUUAUAAGGACAAUAUGUCAGUGGCGUCUACGAUAAACACUACUCUUUACUACACCAACAGCAUUGCAACAAAAAGUGAUACUGGUGAUUACUACUGCAAUGCACGUAAUGAAGCAGGGAGCAAGAACAGUGACACAAAGAAACUUAAAGUCCACUAUAUCGAAUGCCAACAAAACGGCUUAAGAAAUAGAACUAUUAUAGAAGGAAAUAAGCUGUCCAUUACAUGCCAAGUAUACGCUGACCCAAACCCAAUAUAUACCUUAUACAAAGACAACAUUACGAUUAAAAGUGAGAUUGGAGAUGUUAUGGAAUAUACCAUUGUCAAAGUGAGGCAAGAGGAUGCUGGUAAAUAUUACUGUAUGGCGACGAAUAUUGCUGGGACCGUGACAUGUGGAAAGGAAAUUCUGUUUGUUAAAUAUGUGAGGAUACUGUCCAUUGAUUGGCUGGAUGGUGUCGCUACUUGUGUCGCUGAUGGUUUUCCAUAUCCCACUGUCACCAUCAGUGUAAAUGGAUAUACUGUUGCAACUGGGCGAACUCGGACUUCCACUUGGAUUGAACCGGGAGCUUGCAAACCAAUAGGGAGCGUUGUAUGCGAUGCAUCUAACGGAGAAACUUCCGCCGAGCCAAAGACUCUGCACUUGUGCGGUGAUGUGAGGAUACUGUCCAUUGAUUGGCUGGAUGGUGUCGCUACUUGUGUCGCUGAUGGUUUUCCAUAUCCCACUGUCACCAUCAGUGUAAAUGGAUAUACCGUUGCAACUGGGCGAACUCGGACUUCCACUUUGAUUGAACCGGGAGCUUGCAAACCAGUAGGGAGCGUUAUAUGUAAUGCAUCUAACGGAGAAUCUGUCGCCGAACCACAGAGCCUGCACGCGUGCGCAGAUGCCCCGAAGUCUAAUCUAGUCUAUCAGCUCACCUCAGGAGGUGUGGGGUUAAUUAUCGGUUGUAUUAUAAUAUUGUCCAUAUUCUGUAUUUUGAAAAACGUCUGUCAUGUUAGGCAAUCGAUGAAUACGAAUCAAACUGAUCAACAAUGCCAAUCAACUAAAGCCGUAUAUUACCAGUCCCACAUUAAGAAGUUUGGUAAAGAAAAAGUAAAUGCGGUGGAAGUAAAAGAAGCACAAAUUACAGGAGACGCCUAUCUGGAACCAAUUUUUUCAGGUCCCUAUGACAAUCUAACAAGCAACAGAGACCUAGAACACAACAGAGAACUGGAAUUAAAAGUCAUUGAAGAAGGAUUGUAUGAGACAAUUGACUAAAAGAGAAAUGUUAUAUUUUCGAGAAACGAUCACCAUUUACAUACCGGUAUAUAAAUACAGGUUUUCCUCAAAUUAGCUUCUAGGGUCUUUAGCAGCUUUGGUGUCUAAUUAGAGUAAUAAAGAUAAAAUACAUUUCUCGAUUUGGGACCACAUAAAAGUGGUCUUUAAUUGGUGGUCUUAAAUUGGAGGGGUCUUUACUUAGAGGGAGACCAGUAUUUGAUCGUAGGGAUAUGUCAAGCUUGGCAUAAAAAACUAACAUCAAAUCAGAGUUUUAUUCUUAAGUUGAUUCCAUAAAAUCGCUACAUUGUACUACAGCAACCACAACACUAUGGAGCUGCCUAACCGAAAAGGCUCUCAGAUUUGUUGGUGACGAAUCGUAAUCACUGCAGCUGACUAAUUAUCCACCAACUUCAUUAAGCCCCAGCCUCUCGACGUUCUCGUGCGAUGAUUCUGAAUUCCUAUAAAGCUUGAUGGCAUUUUUAUUUCUAUUAACAGCAACCCCUGAUAAACAAUCUCAGAGUGGGGAGGGGCCAAGGUCCUCGAAGACAGCGUAUGUAGAUUUGGUUAGGGGUGGGAGGUCGCUCAAAACCGCUCGGAAUGGGCGAACAUUUAGGGGGUUAAAUGGUUUAAUCCAUUUAAUGUCCAACAGUUUAUUUUCUCUCCGA